CCAGUGAGCGCUCAGCCAGCGCGUGAACCCGGAGAAGCGCUGAGGCUGCACGGGCUCGCACACAUGCUUCGUUCACGCGGCUCGCACAGGAUGUAGCGGCUGAAACGGAGCACGGAAGGACAGACAGACAGAGAGACAGGCAGAGAGACAGACAGACAGAAAAAGAGCGGCUUGAAAAGGGCGAUGUGACGAACAGCGAGCGCACAGAAAUGACCGCCUCAGCGGGGGAGAGGAAGACGAGAGGAGUCCGGGUGAGGCACCUCACCGCCGGCAGGUCUUGACGGCUGCUCCCGCCGCCGCAGCGCACGGUUCAAACCUCGGAAACCACAACACGCACACCAAAACACUCAACGUUGAGAUCGACCAUGGCGAGCCUGGGCGACUGCUGUGUGAAGGUUGCGUUGAGGAUUCGUCCUCAGAUGGCCAAGGAGAAGAUAGAGGGCUGCCACGUGUGCACGCUGGUCACCCCUGGAGAACCGCAGGUCCUCCUGGGGAAGGACAAGGCCUUCACGUAUGAUUUUGUGUUCGAUAUCGACUCGGAGCAGCCGAACAUCUACCAGACCUGUGUGUACAAGCUCAUCGAGGGCUGUUUUGAGGGCUACAACGCCACCGUGUUUGCUUAUGGACAGACGGGUUCAGGGAAGACCUACACCAUGGGAACGGGUUUUGACGUGAGCCUGAGCCUCACGGAGCAAGGCAUCAUCCCACGGGCUGUUCACCAACUGUUUGAGAGCAUCCAGAGCCAGAGGCUGCGUGCCCAGGAGGCUGGCAUCCAUCCGCCAGAGUUUAAAGUCAGCGCCCAGUUCCUGGAGUUGUACAAUGAGGAGAUCUUGGACUUGUUUGAUGGAACCAGAGAUCCAGAGAGUCGCAGCAAGAAGUCCAACAUCAAAAUCCACGAGGAUAGCAACGGCAGCAUCUACACCACAGGCGUCACAUCCAGACUGGUGCACUCGGAGGAGGAGCUGCUGCAGUGUUUGAAGCUCGGCGCUCUGUCCCGCACCACAGCCAGCACUCAGAUGAACGCCCAAAGCUCCCGGUCGCACGCCAUCUUCACAAUCCACCUCUGUCAGAUGAGAGUCUGUCAGCAGCUGCAAAUGAAUGGAGGAGGGGAGAACGAGGUGGUGAAUGGUGUGGACUCUGGUCCCAUUGCCCAGCCGGAGUACGAGACGUUGAUGGCCAAGUUCCACUUUGUAGAUCUGGCUGGCUCCGAGAGGCUUAAACGCACCGGGGCCACAGGAGAGAGGGCCCGAGAGGGAAUCUCCAUCAACUGUGGACUGCUCGCUUUGGGAAACGUGAUCAGCGCUUUAGGUGAUCAAACGAAAAAGGCAGGACACAUCCCAUACAGAGACUCCAAACUCACCCGACUGUUACAAGACUCACUGGGAGGCAACAGCCGCACAGUAAUGAUCGCCUGCGUGAGCCCGUCAGACCGGGACUUCAUGGAGACGCUGAACACGCUGAAGUACGCCAAUCGAGCCCGAAACAUCAAGAACAAGGUGGUGGUGAACCAAGACAAGACCAGCCAGCAGAUCAACGCCCUGCGUGCCGAGAUAGUCCGACUCCAGAUGGAGCUGAUGGAGUACAAGGCGGGGAAGCGUGUUGCAUGUGAGGAUGGUUCGGAGGGCUACAGCGACAUGCACCAAGAGAACGCCAUGCUGCAGAGGGAUAACGAGACGCUGCGGCUCAGAGUGAAGGCCAUGCAGGAGACCAUCGAUCACCUCAACACCCGCGUGACUCAUCUGCUGGCCCAUGAGGUCAGCACUCUGCUCACCAAGUCAAGUGAAGGCAGUGAAGAGAUCGGAACUUUAAUACAGAACUACAUCAGAGAGGUUGAAGAGCUCAGAACCAAACUUCUUGAGAGCGAGGCUAUGAACGAGUCGUUGCGACGGCAGGCGGCUCGGCUUUCCUCUCGUUCCACGCUCCUGUCCUCCGGUCUAAGCCCCGCCCCUGGCCACCCCCUCGGCUCCUCUCCCGUGCCCAUGUCCAUGGAGCUGUGGUACAUUACAUAA